AUGUCUUUAAAAUCGUCGGAAAGCAACGAAAGAAAUUUCAAAGGAUCAGAUUUUCCUAUAAGCAGAGAAGAAUCGAACCCAAGCGUUCUAAAGCGAUUUGGGCAUGAAAUAGACCAAACCUUGAUCAAAAACUUUACCCCAGGUUUAUUUGUAACUGUUAUGGGUCCGGGUGUAUCAAGUGGCAUUUUAUAUAAUUUUCCUUACCCAGCAAAAUGGCUCGAAGUGUGCGGUUGUAUUAUGUUUGGAAUUGCAGUGAUAUUUUUGAUUGCAACAUUUACAUGCUUUGUUGCAUCUCUAUUGCGAUAUCCCCAAAAAUUUGCAUCAUAUACCAGUGAUCCUAAUGUUGCACCUUAUAUGGGGUGUUUAUCAAUGGGAUAUAACACGUUGGUAAAUUUUCUUUACUACUUGACAGGGAAGAACUGGACCAUCGGUAUUUUCGUUUUAUGGUGGAUAACGGUGGCAUUGGCAUUGUACACAUCAUUCAUUGUAUUCUACUGUUCCUUUCUUGCUAAGCAGAAAUCAAGAUCCAAUUAUUUGGAUCCAAAAGAUUUACAUACGACUUUGUUGAUGCCCAUGGUUACUCUUAUUGUGUCUGCAUCUACAGCAAAUCUAUUUGCUCUUGACUUACCGUCCGUUAGUUUAAAAGUCACCACCAUGAUUAUAAGCUAUAUCAUGUGGUCCACGGGCAUCAUGAUGGCAGGAAUAAUUAUUUGUGUGCAUUUUUGGAAGCUAUUCGUAUAUAAGAUACCUCCCACAAAUCUAAUCUUUACUACAUUUUUACCUUGUGGUGUUUGCGGUCAAAGUUCCUUUUUUAUUCUUUUAUUUGGCAAUAACGUUCAUAAGCUUCUAGUUGAAUAUCAUCAAACUUUAUUACUGUCUCAUUAUUUGCAUAUUCCUGAUGGCAUCGAUAUUUCUUCACUUAACACUUUAGAAAUAGGCAUUUCUAUGGGCCAAGUAGCGUUGAUCAUCACCGCUAUGAUAGGUUUAUUCUUACUCGCGUUCGGUUACUUUUGUACCUAUAUUGCUGUGAUCUCAUCCAUUUCUAAAAUACGACCUUUCACCAAACAUUACAAUGUUGAUUGUGCUUACAAUCCAUCAAGCCCGAACCCUUUUACAAGGCUAUUUAGAGGUUUUAUUGCAUUCAAUAAAACUUAUUGGGCAAUGACCUUCCCAUUGGGUACAAUGGCUUUAUCUAAUCAUCAGAUUGCGGAAAGCUUUGGUGGUUUGGAAGCAUUUCGGAUAAUCGCUACAAUGUAUGAUGUGUCUUUGGUUUUUAUCACGAUUGGUUGCAUUUGUGGGGUGGUUUAUAAAAUUAUACGCUUUUCAAAUUGUGUCUUCAAAGGUAUAAGCUAUAAAUAA